CGGCGGCCGGACUAUCUCCUCUUCCCUCUUCCCCCUCCCCCAACUCCUCGCCCCACAUUCUAUUGUUCCUAUGGUUACGCGAGUUCGCCCCCGCCUUCGCGCUCUGAGCCUGGGCCCGCUUCGCUUGAGAUCCGGACGCGUAGUGGCGCCUCGACGGCGGGGAUGGAAGGCGGAGGCGCCGGCAGCGCGGGAGACCCGAGUCCGGCCUCCGCGAACAUGUUCUCCCUGACGGGCCUCGGCGCCGCGUUGCGGGCCGUUCCCGAGGCGCCGGAUCCCGCCUCGCUGCACUACCUGCAGCUGCCGUGGCAGUGCGAGCACCGCGUGUGCAAGCUCGUCGGCCGCCGCCGCAAGGCCGCCCGGCUGCACCGCAAGGUGGGGCCUACCGGCAAGGAGAUCCACGCUUUGAAACGCUUGAGAGAAGCUGCCAAUUCUAAUGAUUUAGAAACAGUGCAGCAGCUUCUGGAAGAUGGGGUGGACCCCUGUGCAGCUGACGACAAAGGUCGAACGGCCCUGCACUUUGCUUCCUGCAAUGGAAAUGACAGCAUUGUGCACUUGCUUUUGGACCACGGAGCCAACCCAAACCAGCGAGAUGGGCUGGGGAACACCCCGCUGCAUUUGGCUGCCUGCACGAACCAUGUACCCAUCAUCACCACACUGCUUCGUGGAGGAGCUCGAGUGGACGCCUUAGAUCGAGCUGGACGGACCCCUCUGCACUUGGCCAAGUCGAAGCUGAACAUCUUGCAGGAGGGCCUCUCACAGAGUCUGGAAGCUGUGUGCCUGGAAGUAAAGCAGAUCAUCCAGAUGUUGCGGGAAUACCUUGAACGCCUCGGGCGCCAUGAACAUCGGGAACAGCUGGAUGAUCUUUGCUCCAGGCUACAGAAGACUAGUACAAAAGAGCAGGUGGAUGAGGUUACUGACCUCCUGGCCAGCUUCACCUCCCUCAGCUUGCAGAAGCAGAAGAUCGAGAAGAGGUAACGGGAUUUCCCACUGUUUUCUCAAUCAAACGGAGAAGCCUGGGGAGAAAGAGCAACUGGAGCUCCUCCGCAAGAUUUCAGACUUGCUGCUGCUGGUACCAGGCAUGCUUUUCCUAUUGGAUAUAUUUGCUCAGCUGCCCAAGACUUGUUGGGCCACUAUUACUGCCGUGGAAGCUUCCUUCAGGACAAGAGGUUUAUACUGAGGCCCUGACUUUCAGAACAAUGAACCACUCUUUUUAAAAAAAAAAAUGCAUCAGUGACAACUGUUUCAGUAAAUGCGGUCACCUUGUACAGGGGAGUUGCCCCAUUUCAGAAGCAUCUCCAUGGUCCUACAAGUGACAAAUCCAACGUCCUUUGAGAACAUUUGGGGAAACUGAAGCUGUUGGGCACAGCAUCCCACACAAGUUGUCUGACUUCUAAGGACAUGAAUUGUUGAGCAAUUGCAUAAACAGUGAGAAACUACACCCUGUUGGGCAACUAAGUGUUAAAGGAGGGCUGUUUAAACUGAGAAAGGGCUAAAGGGCCAGCAAUGCUAGCUUUGCCCACUAAAAUGCUAUUUAAUCCCUUCCUCCUCUGUCCUAUCCUCCAAAAUAGCAGUGGAAGAUUUUUACAGGGUUCUUUGCUUAUGCUCCUCUCUUAUGAACCAUAUUGUUAUCAUUUCCUGCCUUUCUCAUGUACCUGCAUCAGUAGCUGAGGUGUGCAAGAGAAGAAUUCUGCCAAAAUCUCUUGUCUGAGAGGGCGAGUGAGAGACUUAAAGAAUUCCUUGCUUGCAUCUUGUCAGCUUGCACCAAUUUUUUUUGCAUAGUUAUGGGCUGUCUGGGAUUCAGGCCUAAUAGGGAGCUAUAAUGAGUCGCCAGGCUACCCAUUGCCUACUCCUGCUUGUUACUGUUCCUUGGACUUUCUUUUGUUCUCUGUGCCAGUUAACAUAAUCUAUAUCAGUCCUCAAAAACCUGAGCUGGAAGUAAUGGUGUCUCUCAGGGCUGCUUCGUACACUACUUUUCUUCCUUCAAAGACAGGACUGAUUCAGAAGUAACAGAAAACCACAGUUUGGCGAGUUUAGACGCAGUGACAAAUCACAAUUUGUUCUGAAACCGGAACAGAAGCUUUAAAUCCCUACACACACACAAGAAAGGGAGAGGGAAGAUUGUGAGCCCAAGGUUUGUGAUCACAGCAGCAAACCAAGGCAGUACUCCCAAUGUGGAUAUUGCCAUAAAGGGAAGAGAGAGGUUGCUUUCUCAGUGUGUGGGCACAGGCCUAGGACAGAUAUUUUCUUGAUGACAAUGCUGUACGUUGCUUUGGUUGAAUGGGCCUUGGAAAUGUAUGUCUUCCCAUUUGCAGUAGUUGCCUGUCACUGAAGCGAGGGAAGCUUGACUUCUCAUUCUGCCGCUAAAAUUAAAAAAGACAAAAAGACUUAGCAGCCCUUAUGCUCACAAUGAGAGAAGAACUCGUUUUGCCUGAUACAUGCCAACUCAUCGGAUUCAAGGAUGUUGCUGCCACAUAACAGCGUGUUUUGAUUUCAGCCAACCCACAUUUUUUAAUCGGAGGAGGCAAUGGGGCAUUUGUAGCAAAUCCAUUAUUGUGAUCUGAUUCGUGCAUCAUUGAAAUUCCAAGGCUGCUUCUGAACCUUGAGCAUAGUAGGCUAUUGUGACUGUCUUUUGUUGUUGCUUUAAAAAGUGUGCUGCUUUUGUGAAAGACAAGAUUUAAUGGGAUUCGUAUCUUUCGACAGAAGUCCGCGUUUUCACAAGCUAAGCAGCUUUGAUAGGAGAAAUCCUGAAUGCUCAGGGGAGGAAAGUUGGGGACUGACUUGACUCUGACCUUGCCAGAGCUGUCACUGUGAAUACGGAGAAUUUUAAUACAAUGUGCAAGGAGGGUGGGAGGUGAUUUGAACUUUUCCAUUGUAAACUUCAAUAAAGUGCUGUCUGCUUUCA